AUGUCGGCCGAUCUAUCAACGAUCGCCAACCUGCUCCAGGCCAGUCUUGAUCCCCGCCAGAACAAGCAAGCCGAACAGGCCAUUCGCCAGGAAGAAGCGAAGCCUCAAUUUUCCCUUGCUCUCCUUCAGAUUGUCGCAUCAGAAUCAUAUCCCAACACAACACGGUUGUCGGCCGCUCUCUUCUUCAAGAAUUUCAUCCGCCGCAGCUGGACCGACGAAGAUGGAAACUACAAGCUCCCUCAGGAUGAGGUGACUGCUAUCAAGCGUGAGGUUAUCGGCCUCAUGAUCUCUGUGCCUUCGACCAUCCAGACUCAGCUUGGAGAGGCCAUCAGCGUCAUUGCCGACUCGGACUUCUGGGAGCGCUGGGACACUCUGGUCGACGACCUCGUCUCGCGCUUCACCCCCGACAACCCCAAGGUCAACAACGGUGUCUUGCAAGUCGCACACUCCAUCUUCCGCCGCUGGCGUCCUCUUUUCCGCACAGACGACCUCUUCACUGAGAUCAACCACGUCUUGUCCAAGUUCUGCGAACCCUACCUCACCCUUUUGCAGAGCACAGAUCAGCAGAUUACCGCAAACCAAAACAACAAGGAGUUGCUCGCCCAGCACUUCACCACCCUCAACCUCAGCAUCAAGCUGUUCAACGACCUUUCCUGCCAAGAUCUGCCUCCGGUCUUCGAAGACAACCUCGCCUCCAUCAGCGCUCUGCUUUUGAAGUACCUGAGCUACGACAACCCCCUCCUUCACACCGACGACGAGUCAGAGGCUGGUCUUUUGGAAUACAACAAGGCUGCCAUCUUCGAAGCGCUGAUCCUGUACGUCCAGAAGUACGAGGAUGCUUUCGGAUCAUACCUGGGCCAGUUCGUCGAGAGCUCGUGGACCCUCCUCACAGCCAUCGGUCCCGAGACCAAGUACGACAUCCUUGUCAGCAAGGCCCUGCAGUUCUUGACCUCGGUCACCAAGAUCAACCAAUAUGCCCAGAGCUUCAACGACCAGGCUAUUCUUGGUCAGGUCGUCGAGAAGGUCAUUCUCCCCAACCUGUCGUUGCGCGAGUCGGAUGUCGAGAUGUUCGAGGACGAGCCCAUCGAAUUCAUCCGCAGAGAUCUGGAAGGAUCCGACAGCGACACUCGUAGAAGAGCAGCCACCGACUUCCUCCGCCAGCUGGUUGAACAGUUCGAGAAGCUCGUCACCGACGUCGUCUCACAGUACAUCUCGCACUACCUGGCCGACUACGAAAAGGACAAGAGCGCCAACUGGAAGUCAAAGGACACUGCCGUCUAUCUCUUCACCUCGAUCGCUGCCAAGGGCGUACCCACCGCUGCUCGUGGUGUUCAGACGACAAACACGAACGUUGAUGUUAUUGACUUCUUCCAAAAGAACAUUGCUGUCGACCUUACAUCCGCCGAGACUGAGUCUAUCCUCAAGGUCGACGCCAUCAAGUAUCUCUACCUCUUCCGCAGUCAGCUCACUCAGGACCAAUGGCAAGCCGCCUUCCCUCUGCUGGUACAAUGCCUUGGCGACCAGAACUACGUUGUCCACUCUUACGCUGCCAUCGCUGUUGAGCGCGUUCUUUACAUGACUGAUGACAAGCGUCAGCCCAUCAUUCCUAGAGACACCCUUCAGGCUUUCAGCAAGGAUCUCCUUCAACAUCUGUUCAUUCUCAUCACGAAGGAUUCCAAGGCUGAGAAGAUCCAGGAGAACGAGUUUUUGAUCAAGUGUGUGAUGCGUGUCUUGAUUGUCAUUCGUGAGGGUCUCUUGCCCAUCCUCGACAUGGUUCUCACCAACCUCAUCAACAUUGUCAAGGUCAUCCGCCACAAUCCCAGCAACCCUCGCUUCUACUACUACCACUUCGAGAGCAUCGGUGCUGUUGUCCGCUUCGCUGCUCCCACACAAUCAGCCAAGCUUGAGGCUGCUCUUUACGAACCUUUUGCCGAAAUUCUCGCCAACGACGUUCAAGAGUUCCAGCCUUACGUCUUCCAAGUUUUUGCCGCACUUCUCGAAGCAAACCCUUCAGGUUCUUUGCCCAGCUACUACCAGAGCUUGCUCGGUCCCAUCCUCACUCUGGACAUGUACAACUCUCGCGGCAACGUUCCCGCACUUGUCCGUCUCCUUUCCUCCAUGAUUCCUCGCGCUGCCGAGCAGAUCGUUGCCAACAACCAGAUUGAGCCCAUUUUGGUCAUCUUCCAGAAGCUUAUCUCUUCGAAGGCAAACGAGUCGCUUGGAUUCGACCUACUCGAGGCCAUCUGUGGCAACAUUCCUGUCGCAGCUUUGCAGAACUACUUCACCACUAUCGUUCAGCUGCUCAUGACCCGUCUGUCCGGCUCAAAGACGGAAAACUUCACCAUCAGAUUCGUGCGCUUUUAUCACUUCUUUUCAGCACGAGACGACAAGGGUCUCGGUCCCGAUCUUUUCAUUCAAAUCACCGACCAGAUCCAGAACAACGUCUUCACUCCCAUCUACACCCAAAUCAUCCUGCCCGACACACAAAAGCUGUCGCGUCCUUUCGACCGCAAGACUGCUGUCGUUUCGCUCACUCACACCCUCGCUAACAGCCAGGCCUUUGUUGACCGUUACGGUAAGAAGGGCUGGGGCUUCACAUGCGAAGCACUUCUCAAGCUUCUCAUCAACCCUCCGCUUCCGCAAUCUGCCGAUGAUUUGAUGAUCGAAGACCGUGACGUCGAGGACGUUGGUUUCGGUGUUGGUUUCACAGCUCUCAACACCUGCAAGCCUGUACCCAAGGAUCCCUUCCCUGAGGUUCAGGACGUCAAGCAAUGGGUUGGCCUAUACCUGCGCGAAGCUGACCAGAAGACCGGUGGACGCAUCGCAGCUUCUGUCACUGAGAAGCUUGGUCCCGAUGCCCAGGCUGCUCUCAGCAGUGUUAUGCAAGGAUAG